AUGGCGCGGCCGAUGGCGUUCAAUCUGGUCCAAAUCCUCUGCCUGGCGCGCUCGUCCUCUGCGCUGGUCUUCCGCGCGGCCCCGCGGCCGCGCCUCGGGCUCGCGCGGCCGGCGACGAACGCCGAGUGGCUCGAGGCCUGCGCAACCUCCGGCGUCGUGUCCUACACCGAUUUCGGCAUCAGGCUCGCGGCGUCGACGCCCGCGGAGGCCGCGCCCGCGGAGAAGCCCGCGACGGAGGAGUCCGCGACGGAGGCCGCGCCCGCCGAGGAGCCGGCGGAGGCCGCGCCGGAGGCGCCGACGACGACCAUCGCGCCGCCGCCGAACCUCAGCGAGUCGGUGCUCGCGGACUUCACGGAGCGGAGCGAGCGCAACCUCGAGGUCGCGCGGCUGCAGACGCAGCUCGAGCGGUCGCAGCUCCGGCGGAAGCAGGUCGAGGAGGUCGUCGGCGAGGAGCUCGCGGCCCUGCGCUUCCAGCUCGAGCGCGAGGUCGCCGCGGAGGAGGACCGGUCGCGGUCCGCGGGCGCGCUCAAGGCGCAGCUCGAGGCCGCGAAGCGGACCAAGGCCGACAACUGCGCGCGCGAGGAGCAGCUGCUGGUGCAGCUCCAGGACGUCGCCCAGCGCACGGAGGAGGCCGCCGUCGCCGCGUCGCUCGCCGCGGCCAUCGAGACCAAGGCGGGCCUCGUCGCCAUCGAGCUCCUCUUGAUCGACGACGUCGCCGAGUGCGUCGCGGCCGUCGCGAAAGAGGAGUCGGAGAUCGACAAGCGCAUCGCGGCCAUGCGGACCACGCUGGCCUCGCUCCCCGCCGCCGACGACGCCGACGCGCUGCGGCUCUACAGCUGGUCCCAGGUCGAGGCGCUCCAGGAGGAGCUCCGCCUCGGCGCGCUCGCCAUCGCGGAGACGGAGGCGUCCGUCGCGGCGCUGCGCCAGCGCAUCAACGACGCCCUGGACCAGCGCGACGCCGUCAUCGGCUCGGCGCCCGUGCUCGGCGUCGCGGCGCCGGAGCCGCCGAAGCCGGCGCCGCGCGACCGCGACGGCGUCGCCGUGCUCGACCUCGAGUCGCUCGACGAGGCGGGCCUCAAGGACGCGGUCGCGUCGUCGGCGUCGGCGACGGCGUCGUCCUUCGCCGCGCUGGGCAAGAGCCUCCUCGCCUUCGGGGGCGCCGACGCCGCGGACACGGCGGACCUCGCGGGAUCCGCGCUCGACGCGUUCACGGCCCUCGGCAACACGGCCGCGUCCGCGGGGCUCCUCGCCUUCAAGGCCGCGAAGAAGCAGCUCGACAAGUAG